CAAGAAGCGGGUUGAGCGGAUUCAUUCGGGGAAAUAAUGAACUACACAUAAAAAGAUAAUAGAUAACAUUAUCAAUCAUGGACAUGGGAUAAAACAUCGAAUUCAAUGGAGGUUUGAUUAGUUGCGUCGAUCACGCUGAUAAGUUGUAAGAACGUUGUAAUUAGUAAUUAGCUCAUUUAACGGAAGAUCGAGUCUGACUGAUGUUAACGUCGGUUAGUAACGUUUAUCUGAACGAAACCUUUUGCAUCACCCGUCUACCCGUCGAUAUAACACACGUUUCAGAUCAAGCAUGAAGCCAUUAAAGCCGGUGUUUAUGAAGACAUAUGGAAAGGAGAGGCGAAAGUUAUCCGCCUGGUUGUCACCUGAAAACCGCAAACAGGCCUUCGACAGCACACGGUCAACAGACGGAGACAUGUCUGUCUUUGAACCCGCAAAACCUACGAAGACAAGAAAGAGGAGGACUAGUACUGCUAGUCAAAGACCAGGGCGUCCGGCCAAGAAAAAGGCCAUGCUGUGUCUGGCUGAAAAAAGCUCUGAUGAGGAGAAUACCCUUCGUUCUUCCUUUCUUCAGCCUCCUCAGCAGAACAAGAGAACCAGAGGGAAGAAGACUAGUAUUGCCUUCCAUCCUGCCAAGAAAAAAGCCAAGCCAUGUGUCAAUGACACCAGCAGUGAUGAGGAGAGAAUGCCGUCUCCUCCCUGUCCUCGGCCCACUCAGCAGAGCAAGAAUACCAGUCUUCAUCCUCCUUCCACUGGCCGAUUUGUGACCCGCCGCCGCCGUGCUCCUGCCCCCAAACCCAAACUCCCUAAAGCAGUAUUAAGUAUACUCAACUCUUCAGAUGACUUUACCUCUGGAGCUUUUAGUUCCAGGAAGAUUCUUCGUCCUUCUAGGAGGAGGGCCGCCGUUGCUGCAUUUUUGGUGUCGAGUGCGGAGAAUUCUGUGAAUGCUGCAGGGACUGCCAGCUUUGCCACCAACCCUUUCCGAGAGAUAUACCUCAAUGAGUCGACCGAUCAGAGCCUCGGACCCUGCUCCAGGAAACCCAUCUUCUGCUCUACACCCUCAGCAGGCUUCUUCAGCAAACGGCCGCGCCUUAAACCCUUGUCUGUCAGUCAUCAGUCGGCCUCUCCUCCGUCCAUUUCAGUGAGUUGUAUCAGCGCCUUGAGUAUAUCCCAAGAAGACUUGGAUUCCCCAGGGCGCUCCAUCUCUGCACCACCCAACGCGGUUCAUUCUGAGAGGAAGCUGCAGUCGAGCCUUAGUGAGCAAGAACCUGACCUGCAUCACCAUGAAGAACCUUCUGGUGGCGCAAACAAGAGCAGCAGCAUUAGUGAGGAAGCCAGGAGUCACAGUGAAGACAUAACAAGCAAGAAUGCUGUGAGAUUACCAAGUCUGAAUCUGCUGUCUUCAAAUGAAAGUGAAAGCAGCAGUCGUUUUGUGUCAGCGGAAGGAGGGUUAGAGUGGCUCAUAGAGGCUCUGAAGGAGAAAUGUUUGACCGAGCGCUGCACCGUGCAGCUGGAAAGAUGGGACAUCCUCACUAUGUCUCAACUAAGCAGUCAAACAACCUACUCUUCCUGUUUGGAACAUUCAAACUCAGCACAUGGAGGAACAAAUGAGCACCUAACGUCUGUGGACGGCUGUCAAACUGUUGACCUUUCACAGUCUUCAGUUCAUCUUCAUCAAUCUGUGUCAAACAUGAAACCCAGUGAUUAUAUGAAUAGCUUUGAAUCUUCUGAGCAUGCAGCUUCAGUGACUGGCAGUCAAAGUGCUAACAAUUCGCCAUUUGCUGACCACUCAUCCACGCAGGAGUCUAUGGAGCAGUCAGCAUCUGUACUUUAUGUUGACUCGAGCCACCACAGGGACAGCAGCUUUGAGAAUGAAAGUCUUACUAAGAAAUGCACAGUUCAGCUAAAAAGAAUGGAUUUGUCACAACACAAGUCAGAUAUGAGCAAGUCUGAAAAUGAAUAUACACAUAACAGCGAGGACGCAGAAGAUCUCACAUGUUCAGGAGAAAUCACGGAAACGGAAGAAAAUGCAGCGACGCUCACAAAGCUGCUGAAGGAGAAAUGUCUUUCAGACAAAGUCAAUGUUCAAAUAAAGAGAGUAACUUUAUCGCAACUGAAAGAAAUUCUGCAGCUCGAAGACACAAAGCUUAAAGACUCAGCCAGUGACGAGGAGACAAACAACAGUGACACUAAUCAAAGUAAUGACAAAACUUCUGACAUAAAAGUCAAUUUGAAAAAGAGAGCCUCAGAAAAGACUGCUCUGGACAAGGACGAAGUUGAAAAAGACAUUCCCCAAAAAAGAAAAAAGACUUCUCUGGCUCCAAAAGAAAAGAAAAGAAGGAGCACAUCCACGGACCGGCCUGGGACGGCCAGGAAAGCGUGUGUGAGCGGGCUGAGUGUGAGUCGCUGGAAAAACAAAGGCAGCAACAGCUCAAACAUCUUCAGUAGCAGGGCGGGAAGUAACAAGGCCGUGGACUGCAGCAUCAACGAGCUGAUGUCACAACACAAACAGCCAACGAAGCUAUUUGGAACCACCAUGAACUUCUCCACUCCGAUGAAAGGGAGUCGACUCAACCUCUCGUCUCUGUUGGCCGACUUAACACCCAACACACACACCUGGAGCCGACUCAAAGCAGCACUCUCCAUUCAUCGCAAGGGCAUGGUGCGACUCACUCCGAGCAGUUUGUGCUCACCUAGAAGAGCAGAGGCGGCAGAUGUCAGCCGGGACCUCUUCGCUACGCCCUUUCGUACACCACUCUCUAAGCGAUUCAAGUCACAGCUGUUAGGCUCCGAUACUCCGGUUAUGUGUGAGGAUGAGGAUGAAGAGCUAUCUGAUGCAGAGAAGGUGUAUGCGGAGUGCGGCCAGCAGCGCCCUCUGCCCUGGGAGGAGUGUAUAGUCCCACAGCGUAUGAAGCGGUGUGUGAAGAUAGGAGAGGGGACCUUCGGUGAGGUCUUCUCCACCACUAAUGCAUCAGGAGACACUGUUGCACUCAAAAUCAUUCCACUAGAGGGCAGUGAGAAAGUGAAUGGAGAGGACCAGAAGAGCUUUGGAGAGAUUCUCCAUGAGAUUAUUAUCUCUAAGGAGCUGAGCAGCCUGAAAGAGAAGCAGCAAAACAUGACUCAGGGAUUCAUAGGACUCAAAGAUCUCCACUGUGUUCAAGGCUGCUACCCUCCAGAUUUCAUGAAAGCUUGGGACACUUUCGACCAGCGGAAAGGCUCCGAGAACGACAGACCAGAUUUCUUUGUAAAGGACCAACUAUUCCUAAUCUUGGAGUUUGAGUUUGGAGGCAUGGAUCUGGAGAACAGCAAUGGAACUCUGACAUCUUUGGCGGCAGCGAAGAGCAUCCUUCAUCAGGUUACUGCUGCCUUGGCUGUUGCUGAGCAGGAGCUGCACUUUGAACACAGGGACCUCCACUGGGGCAACGUGCUGGUAAAGACAACCAAGCAGAAGACGGGGAGCUUCCUCCUGAAUGGAGUGGCCCACUUUGUGGAAACUAAAGGGGUGCUGGUCCGCAUCAUUGACUACUCUCUCUCCAGACUAGAGAUCGAUAAUCUGACGGUUUCCUGUGACAUCUCUUCCGACGAAGAGCUUUUCAUGGGCCAGGGGGAUUACCAGUUUGAUAUCUACAGACUGAUGAGACAGGAGAAUGGGAAUAACUGGAGUGACUAUCACCCCCAUACCAACGUGCUGUGGCUCCACUACCUGUGCUCCAAGCUGCUUUCCAUGAAGUACCGGAGCGCAGGAGGACGGGUUGGCAAGGGCAUGCGAGAGGAGCUCACUCGUUUCUAUGACAACGUCCUCCAGUACAGCUCCGCCACCGAGGCGCUGCAGAGCUGCCCCAUGUUUCAAUAGUAUGUGAGAAGUGAACACAUGAAGUGUGAGGAUGCUCACACACAGACGUUUUUUUUUUAGUAUGAAGAAGGUGGAACCAAUCUGGUUCCUCUUCUAUCAGCCUGUUGUUAAGCUCUGACAUGAAAUAUUGAUCUCUCAUAGUACAACGGGAGAGUAAUGUACAGUGUUUAUUGUCAUUUGACAACAACAUUAAAGUAACCAUUUUAAAAUGA